AACACGAAACUUUCUCCCUCGAGCUUUUUCGGCGCUCUAAUAAGGGGUUGGACCCGCGGCAGAAAGAAGUCACAAGUGCCAAGUGUGUGUGCCAAUAGGAUUAUACCGAGUCCUGCUUGCGGAAUCAGCCGAAUCACGGAGGAAAAGAGAGAGGACACGCACAUGAUGGAGAGGACGUGGCGGAAUAUACGGAAGACAGCCUUUAUCCUAUUGCUGCCCUUAUUAUUGGCCGGUGUACGGAGCGAAGCACCGUUGGUCGACAGCAGCGCGCUACCUCUGGAACACAGAUCAGUGUAUGGGGCCCCGGCUCAGUACGGCCCGCCGGCGGUCCACGAGGAGAACUGGCCGCUGGCGUCGCCCGACACUCCGCAGAUCAAGCAUCUACAGGUGCAGUGCGAGAAAACGCACAUGCGGGUGAACAUCGAGUUCGAUCGGCCGUUCUACGGCAUGAUCUUCAGCAAGGGCUUCUACUCGGAUCCGCAUUGCGUGCAUCUGAAACCCGGGACCGGCCACCUUAGCGCGACCUUCGAGAUCUUCCUCAACUCGUGCGGCAUGAGCUCGUCAGCGAAUCACAACGUAGCGGCUUACGGCGCCCCAACGCCGUCCGGCAGCUACGUGGAGAACACGAUCAUCGUGCAAUACGACCCGUACGUCCAGGAGGUCUGGGAUCAGGCGAGGAAGCUGCGUUGCACCUGGUACGACUUCUACGAGAAGGCGGUCACCUUCCGGCCGUUCCAGGUCGAUAUGCUGCACGCCGUGACGGCUAACUUUCUCGGGGACAACCUGCAGUGUUGGAUGCAGAUACAGGUCGGCAAGGGUCCCUGGGCCAGCGAGGUGUCCGGCAUCGUGAAGAUCGGUCAGACGAUGACGAUGGUGCUGGCCAUCAAGGACGACGAGAAUAAGUUCGACAUGUUGGUGAGAAAUUGCGUCGCCCACGACGGCAAGAGGGCACCGAUUCAGCUGGUCGAUCAGUACGGUUGCGUUGUCAGGCCGAAGAUUAUGUCCAGAUUCCAGAAGAUCAAGAACUUCGGGCCGAGCGCGUCCGUCGUUAGCUUCGCCUACUUCCAGGCCUUCAAGUUUCCCGACAGCAUGAACGUCCACUUCCAGUGCGUGAUUCAAGUUUGCCGAUACAAUUGCCCCGAGCCUAAGUGUGGACAUCCUGGUCUCGAGUAUGGCGCACCUGUCGCCGGCAUUUCUCACGAAUAUGGCGCACCGGUCUCGCAAGGUCUUUCCUCGGAAUACGGUGCCCCGCCUGUGCCCGAAUACGGUGUGCCACCAGCUUAUCCGGAUCCGCGACAUCCCAGCGGACCGGCUGGAGCAUACAGCGAACCGAAUCCAGAUGUGGUUCCGGCGCCGCAAGCGCAGACCUCGUCCUCUUCACCAAGCUCUACGCCUGGCGACGCUACGGCGAGCAGCUCACCCCAGAGUCCCCAGGACAAUAUCCAUCUUCCUCCGCCUCCUCUACCAGGCCACUCGGCGGCGUACCAGACUGUGAAGCGAAAGGAUACCGCUGGUACGGAGGAGCUGGAAGGUAACCUAGCCAUCCUCGGAGGUCGACCGAGGUCGGUCGAAGGUUUCCCGGCCGAGCUCAGAGGCGCCAGGAGACGAAGGCACAGCGAGCACGAGUUGGAAGACGACGAUAGUAAUAUCUAUCACACGGUGACCCUGUUCUCCACCCACGUGUACAAACGAGCGGCGCAGGAGAUGACGGACGUGAAUACCUCGAGGGUCAUUCAAGUGGUCGCGCCGGGUGACGUCAACUUCGCGCUGGGCACAACGAAUUCCAGCAACGACACCACCGUGGUGAUACAAAACGCCAGCGCGUCCACCGAUCCGGAGACGAUCUGUAUGAGUCUGCCUGGUUUCGUGGGCGGUCUGGUGAUGUUGCUCCUGGUGGUCGUGGUGGCCUCCCUGGUGGCGGCCUUCCUCUUCGUCAGGGUGCGCGCUGUGGACCGUAAGAACGCCGCGAUAGGCGGAACUGGCUUCGUACAUCCGGCGUACGUGCCGGAAAACUGCAGCGUGCCGAAUCCGGAGUUCGUCAAGGUCGCCAAUUGAAGCUGGCAGCAUAUACGGUGCGCAGAAUCAAAACAAGGACCAGCCGCAGGAGAGGAGGACGACGACGGAAUCCCCUUCUCCAGAGGAUCGUCCACCUCGAAUCGACCGGCAAUACUUCGGGAUACCGCAUCGCGACACCAUUUCAUCCGAAACUCGUGACACGUCGGAGAUUCUCCUUGUCGAAAGUUGCACAAAAAAAUCGCAUUUCUUUUCUCUCUCCUCUUCCAUCACGGUAGCAUCGUGUCUAGUCUAGUUGCGUCUAAUCGCGCACUAGAUCGCUAUCUAUCGAUCGAGAAUGCGUGAAUGCGAUCGUACGAGGCGGAUCUUUGAGUGAAUCAUGUAAAUAAGAAGCCCGGAAAGCACGAACAGAACUUAAUGAGAAAAUGGAUAAACGGAACGAGAGGAAGAGAUAAAUGAGAAAGGAAGCUACACUAACGCGCGUCUCACCGAUCGUUCUCCAUUUUUUUUUCUCUACCGAACAGUUCGCGAUCGAUGAAACGCGCGUCGCAGUGAUAAUAAAUAUCGCGAGUCGAUCUCUUGGUGACGCUUCGUGAUCAUCGCAGCGCGGUACUAUAAUCAACGGUACAUUUUCUACACGUCGUCAACAGUAUCCGUCCCUCGGUAUCAGGAAGCGAGAGAUCCCUCGCAAUCGCCAGAGUAGUCUCUAGGAGGGCAUUGUAAAUAAAUCGCGCGGGUAGUCAGAUGGCCCUUCAGGACCCGCUUGUCUCGCGUCUCUUUCCCGAUUCACCGUGUAUGUUUACACGCUAUUAUUUAUACACGCAUCGUAUACUUGAACGAGUGCGUAGCUCUUCAGCGUUCUUAUCGUAUCGCGUCGGCGAUUCUCGGCGGAGAAGCGCGCGCGUCGCGACGCUCGACGUUAUACGUCGACGUUGACAGCGGUGCUCGACGGUACCAUUUCGCGUUCUCGACGACGUCUCGAACGGUUCAGCGAACGCUCCCGGUAAACAUGUUUGUCUCGAAAUUGCCUCGUCGCGGAAAGUCGUCCAAACGCAAUGCCUGUUCUUCUAAAAGUUUAAUUCGGAGUGCAGAAUCGGCUCCUUCGAUAUCGUUGGAACGCGAAACCGUUCGCUAAGUCGUUCGAGAUUCAAACGAGAAGGGACUCUAUUUAUUAUCUCUUUAUCUAUAUUUCUCUCUAUAUUCUCCUUUUUUUUUUUAACUCUACAUCCGGAUCGAUCUAACCUAAUUUAUUGAUCAAAAUUGUAUGAUCCUUCCUACUUCGCUUAGUAUUUAAGUUAUCCGUCUAGGAAUAUUCCCGGAAAUUGGGAAUAUGUUUUACGUAUGUGUCUUAAGCACACACACACGUAUACAUAAACAUACAUACAUACAUGCAUACAUAUACAACACAAACGUUCGUACAUACUGACAAUGUAUUGUAUGUACACGUGUGACGUAUGACAUCGCACAUGUAUUUAAUGUGUGUUGUUAUGCGUUAUUAUACCAGCGCGAGAAAUGUGUAUUCACGAACAUCCGUUACGAUAACAAUUAAUUGUUUGAGAAUUAUUUUAAUUACAUAUGAUCAUUUUUAUUUAU